AUGGACGAAACUCAUAGCUCACCUUAUUCAGAACACCCAGGUGGUGAUACGUUGUAUAUGGACAUGAAGCAAACGUUCUGGUGGCCAAACAGGAAGCUAGAGGUAGCAGAGUUCAUGGCUAAGUGUCUCACGUGCCAAAAGGUCAAGUUUGAGUACAAGAGCCCGCAAGAUAAGAGUUUGCAGAAGGCUUUGGAAUUUGUUAAUGAGUACAACUUUUCAUCCAGCUACAAAUGGGCAAACAGAACGAACAAUUCAGACUUUAGAAGAUAUGUUGCGAUCUCGUGUUAUGGAUUACCAGGAAGUCCAGUCUGCUGGAAUGAUAUUAGUGAAACUGUGGUGCUUGGACACGAGUUCCUCGAAGAGAUGGUGAAGCAAGUGAAAGUGAUUGAAGAAAAUAUCAAGGCAACUCAAGAUCGGCAGAAGAGUUAUGCUGAUUGGAAGCAAAGGGAUGAACAAUUUCAGGUUGGGGAGAAGCUGAGAAAGUGGCUUAGUAAGCGGAUUUGCAACAUUGUUAUCCGUAUGAACUUUACAUAUCCUAACAUCUCCUCGAUCAACUAUCUCUCGAAUCAGAUGAAAUCUCCUGAGUACAUGUUUGGAUUUUUGACGGCUUCUUUUGCUGCUUCUGAUGCAGCAUUGUACUCAACUUCGGAGACUCAGUUGAUUCCUUACAUUGGUGACUAG